UCAGCAAACAGAUGUUUCGUGGCUAACUGAGGAACACACUGACCCUUAUCGAUCUCUAAAGGGUCUAAUGAAAGAUCUCUAAUGAACACUUCCACAGUAGUCAAAUCCCUCCGCUGAUCUAAACCAAAAGUCACCUCUCUUCACAUCUUUUCUCUUUGUGUAGCAACAAGGUGACCUUUAUUGGCAAUGGGAGUGGUCAGCCAGGCAUUUCCAUUACAGCAAUUCACUAAUCCGGCACCAAAGCCACUACAAUUGUUCUGCUUCUAAGUCAAAAUAUUUCUAAAUCAAAUGAUUGAUGAAAAUAGACAUCUGGAUCACUAAGCACACCCUGAUCAGCUCCUAAUCCAUACUCCUGAGUGUCUGACUUACUAGGAAGUCCUUGGGUCUGUGGAUGUGGCCUGUGACCAACAGUGCAUUAUUCCCCACAAAGUGGGAGCUAGCAAGGCCUAGGAGUUGAUGCUCCACCCUGGUUUCAGCAGCUCCCACUAUAUGUGAUUAUCUUCACCUGGACUGUGUGUUGCUGAUGGAACAGGCCCAGCUGAUGGGUGACUCCUCCAAAUGCCAGUUGAUGCGCAGUUUAGGAAGAGACAAAGGGUGACAAUGAGAUGCUGCUUUGUAGACUGGCAGCUGGGCUCCAGCUGUGUGCAUGGCAGAGUGGCUGUAGUUGGGUGGGAUCAAUCCUGCCAUGUGUGGCAUGUCCUCAGUGGGAUGUGCUUCCAGGGGUCCUUCUGCUGACUUGGAAGACGGUCUCUUUCUGGCUGGGAAGGCAGCUGUGCCACUGGUUUGGGCCAGGAGAGUGGUUCCCUUCUGCCACAGCACUGACCAGCCCACAGCCCUGCAGCAGCAGUUCUCGGAGUGGAAUUGCAACUCAACGGUGCCACAAGGCACAGCACGAGGCUGGAUGUGCUGCCCAAAGGGCUGGAAAAGGUUUCAAAGAAGCUGCUAUUUCCUGUCCUCUGACACAAUGAACUGGGCUGAGAGUGAGCAGAACUGCACUGGGAUGGGAUCCCAGCUGGUGGUGAUCAACAGCAAGGAAGAACAGGUUUUCCUCUCCAUGCUAAUAAAACAACCUCCUAGAAGAGAGAAUUUCUACAUUGGUCUGUUCGCAGAGAAGGUGGGCAAGUGGCAGUGGGUGGACAAGACUCCAUAUAAUGUGACAGCAGCGUUCUGGCGACACGGAGAACCAAGUGAAUACCUUGAUGAGAACUGCACGGUAAUGCAUGUGCUUGAAAAAUCUCUCAACAACUGGAAUGACGUCAUGUCAGACUUGAUGCAUCAUCGAAUUUGUGAAGCUGCAGCAGUAACUGUGUGAUGGAAGUACCCCUGUCCUGAGUAAAGCUGGGAGCUGAGCAGUGAGCUGGGAACAGCGCUGGCUGUGCGGGGAGGGGUGGGGAGCCCUGAUACAGCUUCACUGUGUGGGGUGGGACCAUGUGUGUGAAAGUGAAAUGAGCUUUGUCCAGCAUCCCCCGUGCAUGGGGUGGCUCAGGAAACACAGGAAGGCUCAGGCUCACUGAAGCUGGUGCUGUGUUCUUGUGUCCUCUCUGAGUGGGUCCAGCAGCCUCUGGCUGAAAAGAAAUGAACUUCUCCAGGAGAAAGACACAGGAAUGGAAGACACAUAUCCAGAGAUUCAAUGUCCUUUGUGUCCUUGAGCAGAGCUGUUUGCUUUUUGUUGAGUCACACAAAAAAAUGUCCUCUAGCUGUACUGGUAUUGCCGAACAAAUUCAGAAAACUUAGACAACAGAAAAUACAAUAUCACACCAAUG